UGAAGAGUACGAACACAAUGAAACCGAUUGUUUUAAGGCACUCUCUUAACACAAUCACUUCUCAAAAUCUCUCUCUCUCUCUCUCCCUCUUUAUCUCUAUUCACCAGAGAGAAGUGCUGCAUGCAAAGCCUUCUUCACUCUCUUCAAACGCUUUGUCUGCAAUAACAGGAAGAAAAAAAAUGUCACUCUUUCACACAUAAGUGGCAUCCACUCUAGAGUUCUAAGAUGGGUCUGCUUAGAGUUUUACGUUUGUGUAUACUCUGUUUGGUUUUGUUACUACUGUGUUCAUUCACCAAAUGUGGUGGUUCAGAUGUUUCUGUGAAAUUCUUAAAGGCCCCUCAUGCAUUCUCUCACUUGAACUCAGCAACAUUUGCUUUUGAAGUUCUUAAUUGCUCAAACUGCAGUCUCAGUUGCAAGGUGGAUGAUGGGAUCGCAUCAGUUUGUACAAAUAGAAAAGUUACUUACUCAAGCUUGCGUGAUGGAAAUCAUACUUUUGAAGUCUGCACCAAUGGGCACCAAGGACUUGGAUGUGCUAACUACAACUGGACUGUUGAUACAAUUCGCCCAACAGCAUAUGUUACUGCCCCAACAUCUUUCACAAGUUCUUUAAAUGUUUCAGUAAAUAUAACUUUCAGUGAACCCUGUAUAGGUGGAGGAGGUUUUGGAUGCAAGUCUGUGAAUGCCUGUAAUCUUCUUGUCUAUGGAGCUGGCCAGGUUAUACCAUCUUCCUUAAGCAUUUUGCAGCCAAACCUCAUGUAUUCUCUUCUCGUUAGUUUGUCCUCUACAGUUCAAUAUGGCAGGGCAAUCCUUGUAAUGGAUAAGAAUUUCUGCACUGACAUUGCUGGUAACAACUUUACAAGAAUGCCAAAUUCAAGUGUUUACAUACAUUUUGACAGAAGAAAGGUUUAUGUAAACCUCAGGACUCCUGUAACUGAAAAGCUACUUCAACUUGGGAGUGAAACUAGAACAGUACAGGCAACUAAUGACUAUAACAAGCUAAAGGUGUAUUUGUACUUCUCAGCUCCAGUUCUGAAUUCAUCCUCAGAAAUUAUGAAUUCUCUCAAAAUUAGUCAGGGUUCACUUCUUCCAACUAGUGCAGAAAGUCAUGGAAAUCGGAGAUUUGGAUUCAUGAUUGCUAAUAUCUCCUCUACUGCUAUAAUCUCAGUUGACUUCAAUUCGGAGUCUAUAAUAAGCAGACAAGGGACUCAAGUUUCUCCAAUUGCACCAGUUACUUUCCUUUAUGAUUCUAGGAGACCUGCUGUGAUGUUGAGUACAUAUAGCAUGAGGACAAGAGAACACAAUAUCCAGAUAUUAAUCAAAUUUGUGAAGCCUGUUUUUGGCUUCAAUAGCUCUUGCAUAUCAAUUUCAGGGGGUUUAUUAAAAAGCUUCCAUGAAAUAAAGAGGAGCACAUACGUUGUUGAGCUACAAGCAAAUGAUGAUCUAGUAUUUGUUAGUGUUCCUGAGAAUGUAACUAGUGAUGUUGCUGGAAACAAAAAUCUGGCUUCCAAUGUUCUACAAGUGAGGCACUACUCUGUACCUGUGAUUUCUUCUGUGGUUUCUGCAUUUACAACUGCUUCUUUUGUGCUGACAUCGAUUGCUGCGGGACUGCUUACUAUCGCAACUGCAAGCCUUCAAUCUGUUGGUACAUUUAUGAGAUCCUCCUCUUUCUUGAUCGUUGAUCCAGCAAGGAAUCUUUUUAGAAUUAUGUGCCAUAUUCAGGUCUUUGCACUAUCUAGAUGGUUAGCAGUUAAGCUGCCUGUUGAGUUUUUUGAAUUUGCUAGACAUUUGCAAUGGACCAUACCCUAUUUUUCUGUGCCAUGGGAAGAUGGAAAUAUGAACAUGUUCAUGGUAGGCACUAGUCCUUUUGGGAGCUCUAAUUCCUUCACCAAAGCUUCAGCAACAAUCACAAACACACUGUUUGACAAGAGUUUGAGUUUCACCGCUUCAGUGUAUGGAUCCCCUCUUACUUCUUCAGAGUACCAGCAAUAUUUUGAGAGCCAAUAUAUGACACCAGAAGCUGAAUAUAUUUUGGAUUCACAACAUUCUAGUGGAUUGAUUGUUUUUUCUUAUAGAUGGACAGAUUUUUAUAGAAGCAUGUUUUGGUUAGUUGUGAUCUGUGGCGGAUUGAUGGUUCUGCAUGCUUUUCUCCUCAUUAUCCUGAAAUUUGGGAAGAGAAAUUCUGAGAAGCAUAGAAUAUAUGGAGCACUCACAUUCCCAAGAUUUGAGAUAUUUCUUUUAUUUCUUGCACUACCUAGUAUUUGCAAGGCCUCUGCUGUCCUUAUUAGAGGGGGAGCUCCUUCAGCAAUGGCAGUUGGCAUUCUUCUGCUGGUUUUUGUGUUCAUUAUGCUUCUAGCAUUGUUCUUGUUCCUCUCGGUUGGAAUUACAUAUGGGAGAUUGCUUCAGUACAAGGAAGUUCAUCAAGAAGGUGAGACAUUUCACUGGUAUCAAGAGCUUGUGAGAGUAACUUUGGGACCAGGUAAAAGAGGCCAGUGGACAUGGAUAGAACAACCUAAAUCUGUUUAUCUAACUAUCUUUGGCCCUCUAUUUGAAGAUUUAAGAGGUCCUCCUAAGUACAUGCUUUCACAAAUAUCUGGUGGCAAUCUUCCAAGUCAAAGUGGAAGCAUCAUUGCCUCUGAUGAUGAAACAGAAGAUGCAGAAGCACCUUUUAUCCAAAAGCUGUUUGGGAUUCUUAGAAUAUACUAUGUGCUUCUUGAAUCCAUAAGGCGGGUUUCGUUGGGAAUUUUGGCUGGUAUCUUCAUUCAGAGUCAAUCUUCUCAGAGUCCAGUAAUUAUUAUGCUGUCAAUAUCCUCUUUUCAGCUAUUUUUCGUUGUGCUAAAGAAACCCUUUAUAAAGAAAAAGGUUCAGUUAGUUGAGAUUAUCUCACUCACCUGUGAAGUUGCUUUAUUUGCUACUUGUUUAGUGCUCUUGAAGAAGGAGGAUCUUUCUGUGAGAACUGAGACUAAAUUUGGGAUUUUUAUGCUUGUGCUGUUCCUAGUGGGGUAUUGUUCUCAGGUUACUAAUGAAUGGCAUGCUUUAUAUGUACAAACGAGGCUGCUAGACCCUGAGGAGAAGUCACUCUUAACAGGUUUGAAAAUUGCUUCCAUUGGUUUUCUUCUUUAUUUCAUCCCUAAAAAAUGCAUCAAAAACUUGGAAAAGAGGUUACCACAAAAUGGACAUGGAAAUGAAGAAACUCGAGAUACAUCUUUGGGAUGUGAUCAGUACCGGCGCUCAGGCAGCAGAAACUCAGGUACACCUGAGCAACUAUGGGUGAAACAGUUGAGGGAACUUGCAAAGGCUAGCUUUGGUAGGGAGAGAAGUUCAGCUCCAACUGAUCCUUCCACUAGUGGCACUACUAGAUGGAGUGGGUUUUGGGGAACCAAAAGGAGUGGGAGCUCUUCUUCUGAUUCCAAGUCAAAACCAAAUACAUUGUACGAAGAUUUGGAAGCCAUUUUUGCAUCCAAGUGAAAGUCAUACAAAAAACGUAGUUAGAGUUUUAUGUAAAUAAAACAAUGGGAAUUAUAUAUCUCCUGUAACGCCUCGUCUGCAGCCGGUUAAUUAACAUUUAUAUGAUAGUAAGCGUAACAUGCUCCACUUAAUUAAUGUGGAGCUAACUAAAUAAAUUUUCUCCUUUUCUUUAUGUAUUGCAAACCUUUUCACUUCCAUGGCCAAAAUAAA